AUGUCAAUUCUUUCCGGUAUCAGUUUUGGUUCCCUAUUUCCCGCUCUAAAUGUUUCACAAAGGGAACAAAACAUCACCAAUCACUUCCGGCGGGUCUACGCAGAGGGUAAUACGAGACUAUCACACUGGAGGGAUUACGCGACAGAACUGGAAAGACAAGGGAGCGCAUGUCCGGUGAAGUGUUUUCGUGUCUAUCCACGCAUAUUUCACAUACAGAAGAUUGACAGCACUGAUUGGUCUUCUACCGUGCAACUCGGAGAUGGCAAGCAGUACGUUGUAAAUGUUGGUGGUUGCGAGAAUGCGGCAUCUAAUGGAGCUGAUGUGAUGCAUUGCUGGACAAGGCUAGAUAUAGCAUUAGUCGACGCUGUAAGCCAAAAAACCCUCACUUACUACAGAGCCCUAGGAAAUCGCGGCAUAUGUCAACCAUCGUCAGUGCACGCACUCGAGGCUUUAGGUCACGGCGAGGACUUUAUGGUGGCACACGCAGUCCUCCAAGCACAGGGUAAUCCUGGAAGCAAUCUGUGCUAUUUCUGGGACCGGGGAAAUGAUUUGUUUCCUUGGAUAAGCGCAGUCCAACCAAACCCAGUGUUUGCGCAAUACCUGACUUGCAUGAUGAGUGUGUGUAAUUAUAUCACGCUGCAGCCUGGUUCCUCGUGUGCCUUUCAGAAUUCGUUUUCCAGUGCCGAGUGGGAUGCUUUUAUUUCUUUAAACAAAACGGCGGUACCGUAUAGAUAUGACACUGUGUGCAAACUCAACAUGGGGCUUACUGCAAGACACAGUGGCCAAACGACUUACCCGCGGUAUAUGUGCAAGGUGGGGAUCCCGUGCAGCGAUGGGAACAACAAUGUUCGCUAUGUCUCUGUCCUGAGUAACACCCGGUGCGAGCAACAGGAAGGAAUGAUUUGCAGAAAAGGAUGGUGCGAGUGGGAAGAUCUCGGUGAGCUUGGCGGCCAUUGUUUUAGUGAUGAAGACUGCCUCACAGCAAAUACAUUAUGCAAUUGCCAUAGGUGCGAGUGUCGUCGUGCCUUUCGCCUCUCGAACAAUUCCUGCGUCCCUUUUAAAAAGAUCAAGUGUGCAAGCGGCUGGCUACAGUACGGCUACCUAUGCUUUUACAUCAACCAUGAUCUGCUCCUCUGGCAGCCGGCGCUGGACGCAUGCAGAUCGUGGCAUGGAACACUUGUUGAGAUAGAUGAAAUUGGCAAAACGGAGUUUUUUGUCAGCCUUCUACAGUCUAACGAUACUGUGGACUAUUUCACAGGCGGCAGAUACAACCCAACUUCACGAAGAUUUGAAUGGGUCGGCAGCAAGACCAAUAUAGUCUACAACAACUGGAACAAUGGUCACACUAAUAUGAGUUCCACGGAUUCAUGUCUCGUCGUUCUGAAGCAUGGGCACUUCAUAUCUAAGUCGUGUUCUGUGGCAUUCAAGUCCAUAUGUCAACGGUUAUCUCCGACCUUUGAUGAGCUGGGGCCUAAUGAAGGUUAUGUGAUCGACCAAUGAAACUUGAUUGUGCUUCAUUUGAAAUUAUGAUUUUUGUCUUGAGAGUUUCUUCUAAAGUUCAAAUGACAUUGUGUUUUGAGUUAUUAUAGCGACCUCUAAAGUUCAUAUGACAUUGUGUUUUGAGUAAUUAUAGUGACCUUAAAAGU